AAAGCUAGUCAAGGCUACAACAUUAAAUAUGCACUUGGCCAAUGACAACGAAUGUACAAAGACGAAUGAACAAAUCCUUAUUAUAUAAUUGUUUGGUUAAUUUGGCCGGGGUUAACCAGUAAACACGAUACAAAAACAUUAGUAGUCUCUGUACAAAGAAAAAGAGAAGUAGGCUCUGUCUGUUAAUUGUUUUGUCGAAUACGUCUGGGCUAGUCACUCCACAUUUUUGCUAUUACACACAAACAUUGCAUUCUAUACCAGUUUGGAUAUGAUACAAAUCAAGUACACAAGAAAAAUAAGUAUCAUUAAACAGUCUUGUCCAACAUACUCACAAACAGAUGGAUACGCCAGAGUACUUAUUUAUUUGACAAAAUUAAUUUGUUUUACCUUUCAACCUUUAUACUUUCGAUUUUUUUGUAAUGAUAUGGCAAGUGUAUUUCGAGCUAUGUGAGGGGUAGAAUAUCUGGCACAUGGAACAAAGGAAGGAAAGUAAUGAAAAAUAACAACACGGUCCGACAAAUAGACUGGACCUCAGUAGAACAGAGCGACAAAAGCAAGUCUCGCCUGCAAAAGCCGUGGUCUUGAUUACAGUUCAGCUCAGAGGAUGAUAAUCAACCUAUGACCGAUGUUGUAAAUUUGUUGCUCUGACAAUCCAAGCUCAUUUAUGCCUACCGGGUUCAGAAGAGAUAGCCCAAGUUCAGUCGCCAUCAUGGAGGUAGACAUGGACUCUCGGCCUGUCUUUGUGGACUCACAGCUGCUGUCCCGCCGAGCGUACAUCGCAACCCUGCUGAACGAUGAAGUGUCAGAUGAGUGGCCGUCUGCCAUCUUACAACUCAAGAAUGAUGUGAUCGGCAGUAACAACGAGAAAGACAUUUCUAUGCGGCAUGGACUGGUUCCCAGACUGCUGAAGUGGCUGGAGACGGAGUAUGGUGGGCCUCACUUCCAGACGGAGGUGGCCGUUGUGCUGGGCAGUAUGGCCAUGGGCAAGGCAAACACCACAGAGUUCCUGAUGGAGAACAAGGCUGUGCCGAUAGUGCUGAAGUCUCUCACCAACAUCAGUCGCAUGUACACUGAGGGCCUGGUACGUUGCCUGAGGUACAUAUUUAAGCACAGUGCUGCACACAGCGACUACCUGUUUGAGGAAAACCGUUUUGGAAACACGUACAUCCCUCACCUGCUCAGUCUUCUGCCCGUGUCGCCCAAAUGUCAGGAGCACAUCAUCACGGUCCUGGAGCGAGCGUGUCAGACGAAGGAGCACCAGCAAGUGUUGCUGGAGAGUGGAGCGGUGAGCGUUCUGGCGCCGAUGCUGUGGGGACCGUACCACAUCCAGAUGCCCACCUUGUUGUGUUUUGGGAAGCUCUGUUAUAAAAACCCAGAUGUCUGUGCAGCAGUUAUCAAAGAGCACGACACCAAAGAAGCCUUUGUGAAUCUCAUGGCGAGAGACAAACCGUCGGAAAUGCAGAUUGAGGCAGCUAAAGUUUUGACCUACUUACACCGCGGUGGCGCUAUACCAUCAUCAGAUUUUGUCAUCAGUAGGAAGACUCUGGGUACUCUGGUGCGUAUGUGCAAGCGCGACCGCCCGCUAAUGCAAAACGUUCACGCUGCCGAGACCCUGGCCUGCUUGAUCGAGAAAGACGUGGGCCUCCAGGAGAUAGCCAGCAUCACCGACCACGUCAUCAGCACACUGGCCAACUAUCUGCAGUUCAAGGAUGUGAAAAAGAUGUCUGCCAACAGCAAUCAGGAAGUUGAUUGGGGCAGUGAGAUGAAGAGAGCUGCUUUCCUGGCUUUUGCGUCCUUAACCGCUAAUGACGAGGACAUCCGGGAAAAGGUCAUCAAACAGGACUGCUUCAUCGAACAAGUCCAGGCGUCCUUGUUGUCGGACAACCAGCUCGAGGUCAUCGCCAGUCUCAAGUGUCUGCACUCGUUGACCCGAUCCGUGCAACAAAUCCGAACCGUUCUGCACGACAGUUCUGUGUGGAAACCCAUUGUAGAUAUACUUUUUCAGGUAUUUUCUUCGGCAAGCGAGGAGCUCCUAGGACUUGACAAAGAGGUGGGUGCUCAGGGUGGGUCGCCAGAGACCCGCGAGAAAGUGCUGCUGGCGAUUGGCUGUAUGUGCAAUCUGGCGCUGGAGUUUAGCCCCAGUAGAGAGCCGGACGCUGGGGAUAAAAUAAUAUUCGCUAUAGCCAUGCUGGAGUACAACGCUGUGGAGCUCCUGAGUGAACUCAGCCAGUCCCAAGACGCUGCGCUGCGCUUCAACGCCACAUGGUGCCUCAUGCUUGCUUGUGAUCUACAGUCGCUGGCCUAUGGCAGCGGGGAGCAGCUGCGGGUCAGCCUCAUCUCCUGUCUGACCGCUGACGUCCUGGUGCCGCGGCUGGAGGACGAACUGGUCACCAUACGGGAGAAGGCCCUGGGCAUUGUCCGCAACCUGCUGACUACCAAACAUGCUGUCCUCACUCCUCAUGUAACAAUUUUUCACAAACCUCGCCAGUCGAUCGACCACGCCGUGAAAUCACUGGGCAGCAGCGUGAUCGAAGCCGUCUUCAACAACAUCCGGAAUCCCAGCAUGCCGCCGGAGGUCAUUGAACAAGCUCUGUGUGUUGUGAGUAACAUGGUGGACGGGCCAUCUUGUAAGGCUCACAUCAUCAGCAAAACGGAGGAUAUCAACUCAGUCUUACAACAUUUGAAGUCAGACAAUGAGGAUCUCCAGCUGCCUGUCCUGCAGUUCAUCAGCAAUCUCAUCCACACCAUAGACGAUGACCACGGCUCCUUCCCUCGCGCAGGAUCCUACCAGAGGAUGCUGACCUUGAAGAGCAUGGGCGUGCCGCAGAUGCUGGAGAGCUUGAUCGGGACCAGCACCGCUGAGGUGGAGAAAAGAGUCCAUGAAACCCUCAAGUCUUUUGCUUGACACAGCGAAGGAAGAUUCUGGUGUUGUGUGCUGUGAGUGACAGAGUCAGGAGACAGGAUCUGGCAGUGGGACUGGCUGGCCCGCACAGACUGUGUGUGUGUAUGUGUGUGCCUGUGGUUGGGCUUUGUGUGAGCUGUACUUGUGUGUGUGGACGCAUGUGUAUGUGUCUGCUAGUGAGUACAUGUAUAUUGCCGGCAAGCUGUUAAAUUGUUCUAAGCCCGCAAAGCAAAAUUUUUAUAGGAGAAAGAAAAAAACCAUUCAUUUUUUGAACAAUUUAUUAUUACCGUACAUGAAUCUAAAUUAUGUUUGUUUUGUUUUUGCCAAAUUAUUUGCGGGGUCAAAAUUUUUACAAAUUGUUUCCAGAACACAUGAACGAUUCCACAGAGUGAGGAAUUACAACAAAACCAAAAUUUCGAAA